AGAUCCUAGCGGGUUUUGGUCAAAAUAAACAAACCCCGUUCGUGUCUGUAAACUAAAAUUAUUUUUUUCCUUUAUUAUUAUUAUUUAUAAUUUUUCCUGUUUACCGAAUCUUGGGUAUAAGUGGAUAUCCUAGGUUUUUAUUGUUAGUAUACCCAAUACAAGUAAAUCGAUAAAAAGUUGGAUUGGAAAUCAUACGAUAUCGCAAAAUACUUUGCAAGCAACAUUUUUAACAAAAAAUCAAAUGUAUUAUGGAUUCUACCCCCGAAGAUUCCAUUGCCAUGGCUGAAGAUUUGAAAAAUGAAGAAGGAGUUUCUAAUAUGGAUAAUAAAAUGGAGAUUCCACCUGUUUUCGAAGACCAAAUGGUAGAAGACAUCCCAACUAAAAAACACAAAUUGGAUGAAGGCGCAUCGGGGGAGCAGCAACAAACCAGUGACUUUGAAAAUAAUCAACAUGUUCCUGCACAAAAUGAAGAAGCCUUUAAAAUGGAAUCAAUGCAAAAACCACAAAUUGAUAUAGAUAGCAACGUAACUCGCAACGUAGAUGAACAACCCAAAGCUGAAAACACUGCCGAGGAAGGUAAAAUCUCCCAAACGAUCCCAGGAAAGAAUCCAAGUUUUUCAUUGAAAUCUCAAGAAAAAAAAUCAGAGGAUACUGAGGAAAGUGGCAGCAACAGUUACAUGCCAGAACAACUUUUGGCAGUUAUAUCAAAUCUCUACCUUAAUAUUGGAGAACGGUUGAGGUUGGAUUUUCUUCCGCGUUGUCUUGAUGACUUAGCUCACUGUCAUCGACAUCACUAUCUCUCCGAUUUGCCGGAAGCCCCCAUACCUACGCAAGCGCAUAGUCUAAGAAGUGCAUUGCAGCAGUAUCGCUACGUGUCGUUCAUUAAUUCAACUACAGAUAUGGUUCAUCGUGGGGAGUUUCCUGGAAAGGGUAUAUUCACAAAACUGAUUGAAUUAGUUCUGAGCAUUAACUUCAAUAACAAACGAGAGAAUAUUGCCAUAUUCGAGCAAUCUUACCACAAGUCUAUUGGAUUGUUCUCCAUGAUCGUCCGCACAUUUCCUCCUUGUUGGCAUAAACUACGAACUUACUAUGUGGGCUUCCUGGAGUACGGUCUCGAUCAAGCCAAACUUGGCAAUGUAAAAAAGGACGAGCUUCUAUCAAAGUCUACGAAAAUAUUUGACAUAAUUUUGGAUUUAUUGGAAGACGUCCUAAAGAAUGUGGAGGCCGACGUGUUAUCGAACAGCGAAGCUUUAGAAAACGAUUCCAGUUUAACUCAGAUUACAUCUCCGGAACAUUCGAUGGACUUGAGUGUUUGUACUGAAUAUUGGAAUCAAAACGAGUACGAAGAAAGAGAGAGGCAAAAACAAACAUUCAAUGCCCUACCUACAGCACAGAAAAUUGAAAGAAUCUUCGUGUGUUUAAGGCUAUUGUUGGAAAUUCUGGAAUACGAUCUGGCCAUGUGGAUGUUACACCAUUUUAAGAAAACCAAAGAAUGGAUUUUUUCAAACGACAAUCGCCCUCUAAUUGUAGUAUUGUGCGAGUUAACGCAAUACACAAGAAUGACUAGAGUAGCAAGACGUAUCUUUAGUGUCUAUAGUGAGGCAGCCAACAAGGGAUUGUGUAAACAGCGAUUGUCCGUUUUAGAGCGCUAUAUAUCAUUGCUAAUGGUAGCUAGUAAUACGGCAGAUAUGGAGAAUACAGCAAUUGGAGUAAAAUAUCCGUCCCUGGGUGAACAAACUAAAACCUUAAUAAAAGAAUUUUUUAAAAUUUUUAAAUCUCACAACCGUGAACAAAUAUCAAAGUACAUGGAGACCAUAAAUCUUUUGCGUAUUCCCUAUGUACGUUACGAAUUCAUCGACAAUGUUUUGUUUACAAACACCGAACCAUUGACGCCACAAAAAAUCGCUGUUGAUAUCGCCAAAAAACGUUGGAUGAAAUACAAACCUCUCAGUGAGCUCUCCAAACCCGAUGAAGACAUAUCACGUGAACAAUAUCUGCAGCUGCUCUUGGACGCCCUUCGCCAAUAUUGUGAAUGGCAUGGAUCGAAAACAUUUCUUCAUGUUAUUGCAGAUUAUGCCAAGAUAUCUCACCUUUCCACUACUACUGAUUCCGUGCAUCGCUGGCCGACUCAUGGCAGUGGCGUUUUGGUCCUAAAGAAAAUGGCCAAAGAUAUAGAUCAGUUAGAGAAUCAGCUGAAAAUGACUGUUCGCAUGUCAAAGCCAAAAGUAAAGAUAUCUCUUGCCGACAUAUGCAUAGAUGAGACUAUCAUCUCGAUAUAUCGCAACGAUUUAAAGCAUAUACUAAUGUUGCAAAAUGUAAUACUUAAACAAAAAGAAACAUAUCAUGAAGUAGAUUUUGCGGAAUGGAUCAAAUAUUUGAGUAAUUUCCCUUCCAAGAAGAUCACAAGAGAAGAACCACAACAACAGCAGUCUUGUGAUUAACAGUACAGUACAGUAGUUUCGUAGUAUUUAUUGGUUAAUGUAUUUUUUUUUUUUUUAUCCAAAAUGAAAUAAAGGUUCAUCAAGAAGCUUUUAAAAAUAA